CCGGUGGCCUUCGUCCCCGAUUCUCGCCAUUCUUUGCCGUGUGUGCAAGGGGACAGCAGCCUGUCUCUUCAAUUCGUCGUUAGGACAUAUACUGCUGUGGUUAGAUAUCUGCGGAGUGUGCAGGCGGACAAUUUGAGGACUAGCUGCGAGAAGAAGAUCGUUUCGCGUGUCGAGAGGAGAGGGGAAGAGGAGGAGCAGGAGGAGGAGGAGGAGAUCAUUUGAAGAGUGAGUACUUCUUUCCGCGAGUCGCAGGCGCUGUUGCUGAAGUUUUGCCAUCGUUGGUGUGAGUCGUCGUUGAGCGAGGAAUUCUGUUAUUCGGAUUGGAAAUAUGGCGGAAGAGGGUACUCUGGCUCAGAUGAGACACUGGUUCGUGGAGCACAAGCUGAGGGCUGUCGGUUCAUUGUGGGCAACCUCUGUCGCUGGCUCGUUGGCUUAUAACUUCUCGAAUCCCAAUAUGAAAACAAGUGUAAAAGUGAUACAUGCAAGGUUACACGCACAGGCGCUCACCCUUGCAGCUUUAGCUGGUGCUGCAGUAGUGGAAUACUACGAUCACAAAAGUGGAGAAAAAGCCAAGCGGUAUGAGAAACAAGUACAACAGGCUUAGGCUGAUAGUUUGAGACCUAUAUUUAAGUUGGUUACGCGCUUCAAUUUUCCUCCUUGGGAUCCCUCGGUUGAGUUUGUGCUGCAAAUUCGGUACAUUCCUUGUCCUAACCCUUUGGCCUUCACAAACGACAUGAAAAAUGAAGGAAAGGGUGUAGUAUGGUUAGAUAUUCUUAAAGCUUCAAUAAGGUGGACCUAAUGGUUGAUGAAGCAACGUUGUGGUUGAUGUAAGUUAAAAAAUGGCUAUAUAAUUGGAAUCUGUAAAGAUAGUCAAAGGUACACCUCAAUUCUAUUUUUUAUAGAAGUUCCCUAUUUGGGCCAGUCGAAGGAAGGAGUUUUCAUCAUUAUUGACUUAGAACCUGAUUUUAAAUGUUAUCAUUCAUAGUGGUUUUACACUUUGUUACAACUUACCAAUACUCACUAACCCAAUUUCGGCCUGUACACGUUCUUUGUAUACUGUCCUCGGCGUGUGACGGUUGUUCGUACAAUUACACGCACUCCUUGUAGUCCUUUUGUUUCGAAUAGUUUGAGCAGGUUGUAAAAGCAGAUAAUUGAAGUGUAGUACAUGUCGAGAGAAACUUUCACUCUACUAAUAAGAUGUACACCAAAGAAGCAUACUUGCGCGUUUUGUUCUUCACAUUUCUGUAGAAGCAGGGAGGAGGGUUAGUUAUAGGAUUGAGUCAGAUUUUGGUGGUACGUCACGAGACUUGUUUAGGUUUGAGCAUAAUCUUGGAUGUAACGCAAUUAGAACGCUUGAUAGACCUCAAUAUGUCAUAUUGUCAGUAAAAUGCGGGUCAAAUGUCUGCUUCUCUCUUUCAUGUGGUAUGUCCAUCUUCAGGAGCAUACAUGCGAACCUUAGCAAACAUGAGUACGUAAAGCAUCUAUCUGUAUGAGGUUCAUUGUUCUUAUUGCAUCUCGGAAGGGUUGGAAUGAGUUAAUGUGGUUCGAAAUUUGUUGCAGAUAUAAAGAACGAGGUCAAUUUUAGAAGUUAUGGAAUGGAAAUGGAGAAGAAAAAAUCUCCGAUUUUGUCAUACGCGUAGAAUCUUGCAGAAAUAUGGUUUAACAACAAAAGCAGACUUGGUGAGUUGGUUGUUCCUCCACUGCCUUGGUGUUGGAAGGGGAACUGCAAUGUCUUAAGGUACGAAGGUGCACAUUUUAGUCGGACGGUAAAAAUCGUGGGACUUGUGACGACUAGUGAGGUAGUUCAGCUUUGCUUCCAUUUUUCGGCCUGUGUGAAACCAAGUUUCGACGUUCUGCAUGUAUGGAUUUCGAACUCGUAUCAAUCUCCUACACGAUCGUACCGGUGUAUAUGGUCUAGUGAUGUUCAAGACGAAGGCGUUUAGUUGGGAAGUUGGGAGCAUCUAACUCAUUCGUUGGUGUUUCGAAUAAGCCGAAGUCCAGUUCUUAAUGCCGAAGUUUCAUCGAUCUUACGGAGUGUAGCGCAGGUAUAUCUGAUUUAAGUUCCAAUUCGAAAUAACCCACUGAACACUAUUCCGAGUGAUGAUAUGAGAGGGUUGCUUUCAUGCAAUUGUGGUGCACGUAGGAAAUUCUGGUAAUAGAUUUGAAAGUACAGUAACUUGUAUUAGUAGUGAUGCUCGAAGCCUCGAUCUGGUCUGACUGCACGACUCAAAAUACUGAAGAGUUUAUUCUAGACCAGACGUACAGCUACCUCAAGAAGUAGCAAUGCAUAUUGUUUAUGACUUACUUAGAGACCGAAACAAGAAAAUUUUAAACUUUAUGUAUGUAUCUUUUGGGAAUAAAAGUUGUAAUAAUCAUGAAUUUGUU